AAUAUAGAGAGGCCGUUACAUAUAUCCUCCGUGUUCUAGUAGUGAAGCCAAAUGUUCGGUCGUUGACCCUUAUCGAGAGUCCAAGUCAUAGAGUAAUACUCUAUGGUCCAAGUGCGCUCUCAUUGUCCGCUAGAUCGCGUAGUUCAAUAACGAUAAAAUGAUACGACGAUACGUAUUUUUAUUAUUAGAAUUCUGAUUUUUAUGAUUUUACAUAAUAUAUUUUGUUUCUUGUCUAUGCAUUAUUGUAAUUAAAUGGGAGUAAAAUGUCUUAACAUUUUCAACUGUUUUGAAAUCCUUUGAAAAGCGUGAUCAUAAUGCCAAGUUGUUUUUUGUGUGGCAGAUCAAAAAACCCUAAGAGCAAGUCUCAGGAUAUCUCCUUUCACAAAUUUCCUCUAUCUAAUCCUGAGUUGAUGGGAAAAUGGAAUGAUUUUUUAGUAGCAAACAAUCUUAAUUCAAAUAGUUUGACUAAAAAUAGUUUAAUUUGUUCUUGCCAUUUUGACUCUUCAAAUUUUAUUAGCUAUAAAUCCAGAAGAUUACUAAAUAAUAAUGCUGUUCCAUGUUUAACUAUAGCCAGAGUUAAAAACGUAAGUAUUUAAUAAUUGUUUCAUAACUGACUAUUGUAUCAAGUUAAGUAUGAUACAUUUUUUUUGCUAUAAUAACUUAUUAAAUUUGCUUAACUAUAUAAACAUAAACAAGUUAAUUAGGUACCUAAUCAAAAUAAAAAUAAAAAUAAUCAUAAUUUUUUUUAGAACAUCAUAAUACAAGACAGUUAAAACAGAAAAUACUACUCAUCAUAAAACCAAUACGUUCUUUAUAAUAUUAUAACAGUAUAGUAUAACUUAUAAGGACGAUUCUUCUAUCAUG